UUAAUUUUAUUUUUACAUCGCUAAGGAUGCGUACCUUACUGGUUCUCUGCGGAAUCGCCGCACUCAUUGGUGGCGGUUUAGCUUUCAAAAGUCAAAAAUAUCAAAAGCCUGCAGAACAUGUAACGGCCGAUUGGAUCUACAAUGGAACAUUCCGAACCAGAGUCGAUCAUUUCCGUGCACAGGAUGCACGCGUAGUGGACUUUGUUUAUCACGCCAAUUUGAAUUUUACGGGCGAGAAUGGACCCGUGUAUAUCUACCUGAAAGACGCAGGUGAUUAUACAACCAGAUGGAUCGAAAGUGGUUUAGUUGUGGAUUUGGCUCGUGAAAGCAAUGGAUCGAUCUUUACUUUUGACUACCGAUAUUUCGGCAACAAUCGACCAACUCCAAAUACAACGUUCGAGAAUCUCGAAUUCUUAACAAUUGAACAAAUUUUGGCUGAUGUGGCCCAGUUUGUCAAUUAUAUUACCCUGUUCCAUGAUGUAUAUGGCUCAGAUGUUAUCAUAUACGGUGCAGGCUAUGGAGGAACUCUUGCCACAUGGGCACGAAAGAAAUUCCCACAUAUAGUUGACGCAGCUUGGUCAUCCAGUGGUAUCUAUGAAUUGAUCGUUGCUAGCUUAAGUGUGUACGACAGUUUGUCGUACAGUAUCUACCGGACAAGUGGAGCUGAUUGCAGAAAUUUGGUUCAAGAAGCUUUCGAGGAAGCCGAAGAAUUAAUUGCGGAAAAUGAUGCUGCCAGUUUACAGGAAUUGUUCAAUCUGUGCAAUCCGAUUGUCACGAACUCCACCAAUGAUGUGUCUUCCUUCUUCCAAAACUAUUACGAUUUGCUCGUCGAUUUUGUUCAAACACAACAUGCAAGUGGAAUUCAAGAUAUGUGUGAUGAUCUCGAAGAAAGUUCAUUAAGUCCGUUGGAAGCGUUCAGUGAAUGGGCAAGAUUUGCAUUGACAGGAGAACAGUGCUUCGACGCCAGCUAUGCCAGCAAAAUUACUCAACGUUCGAAUCCAGCAUGGGACGAACUAGGAACUUUAUCAGGAAGACGCCAAUGGAACUACAUCCAAUGUACACAAGCAGGUCUAUUCCAGAUAACAGACGAUUGGACUUGGCUUCCAAAUCACGUUGAACUUUUGUACCAAAUUGCAGUGUGCCAGGAUGUAUUGGGCCCCGACUACGUCUUCGACCAUAUUCGUGCAGCACUUGAAUUUUUACGCAAUCAAUAUGGAUCACUGUAUCUGAGAUCAUCUCGAACAAUUUACACAAAUGGCGAAGUCGAUCCGAAAAUGUACAACGGCAUUAUCUACACAACUGAUCCGCAAUCGGUUGCUAUUAGCAUUCCAGAGCAUGGACGUGCUUCUGAUAUUCCACCAAUUCAAGACACUGACUCAGCUGAAUUGGUAGCAGUAAAGGAACGCAUUGUUGAACUGCUUCGCGAUUUCACUAUCCCACCACCACUACCACCACCUCCAACAGACGCACCAUUGCUCUAAACAAUUUAAUUUUCGUUUGUUCGAAGAAUGUAAAAUAAAGUCCUUUUAAGAUCUAAGAAC